GGUUGUUCUGGCUGUGGUUCUCGACAAUGGUGGAUAGUCAGCGACAAAACAGGGAUCAUGCAGUGGAAGAGUUAUUCUAUAAGAGUGCAGAAUCCGCGCAUCCAAGAUUGCGCUGUUGCAGUCUGCGGGGAAGCCUUCGGGGAACAUCUCAUCAUGAUGGUUUCAGAGUUUUCUGCUUCUUCUUCUCCACAAAUCUUCAAGACAGUAGCUAUAGCUUGUAUUAUACAUAGCUAGAUAAAACCAAAAU